AUGAAUUCCAAUCCUACAACAGAAAUGACAACAACAAAAAAAGAGCAUUCACAAGAUAAUAUGUAUGAAAUAAUGAACAAAUCUGACCAAAAUAAUAACUCAUCAUUUUCUAAUACAUCUGAAAAAUCUCAAAUUGAAGAAAUAAAACUUUGUAAUUCUGGUAUCUUUAAUGAAGACAAAGAAAAACAAUAUAAUGAUUUUCUUAAGUCUUAUAAUGCAGAAUAUUCAGUUGAACAAAUGAAGAACUUUUUAAAAAAUGGAAUAACUGAAAAUGGUGUUAGAAUUUUGACAACGGAUAAAUGUUCAUGGUUAUAUGAUUAUUAUAGAAUAACCAAAACAUCAGAUCCAUGUGUUAAAGAAUUAACUGGAAAUACUACUGUUGAUUAUUAUUACUAUACUACUCCGUUUUCUACCCAAAUAGGAAAUAUAAAUUUAGUUAUGAUGCAUAGUCAAGUAAACUUUGGAGAUGGCACUUGUGCCCCUGCUGAUCGAUUUUUCAAAAUGAAUUCAACUACUCCUGAGAUGAUUAAAGAAGCAAAAUUAAAAGCGAAGAAUUUUCAAUAUGAAUGUAUGCAAUAUAUAUAG